AUGGAGCUCACAGAUUCACAAAGCAAUCCCAAUAAGCAGCAGCAGCAGCAACAGCAAAACAACAGCAGUUCCUCACAAGAACCCCACCCUCACCAUCUCCACCACCAUCUUCUCCAGUACCAACAGUUCCGCUUCGAUGGCGGCGGUGGAGUUGGACCGUCUCCUCCUCAGCCGCCUCCUUUCAUCGGCUCCAUCUCCCGUUCUACAGCUCCUUCUUACUUCCCCCAUCUCCACCACACUCCCACCUCCGCGCCUUCUUCUGCUUCUACAACUCCAACCGCUACUACUACAACCAAUUCCUCUUCUUCUUCCCCUUCUCCCGCCGCCACGCCCUCGAAUUCCACCCACCUCGUCGACGCCUCCCUCGCCAUCAGAUCUGGGCCGCUGUCGGACUCCUCUGCCCAGAAAAACGAGAGUAGUAACAACAACAGCCUGGCAGUGGUGACGGGGGGAGGAGCAGGGGCGGUGACGGUGGCGGCGGCGGCCCCGAAGCGGUCGACUAAGGAUCGGCACACGAAGGUGGAUGGGCGGGGGCGGAGGAUCCGUAUGCCGGCGGCCUGCGCGGCUAGGGUUUUCCAAUUGACGAGGGAAUUAGGGCACAAAUCGGACGGGGAGACAAUCGAGUGGCUGCUGCAGCAGGCGGAGCCAGCGAUUAUCGCGGCGACGGGUUCGGGUACAAUCCCGGCCAAUUUCUCCACGCUGAAUGUCUCGCUGAGGAGCGGCGGCGGAUCUAGCCUCUCGGCGCCUCCGUCGAAAUCGUCGUUUCACGGGGCGCUUGCUCUGGCGGCGGCGCAGCAGCAUUAUGAGGAAGGUUUUGCCGCCGCGCAUCCGGCGCUUCUAGGGUUCCACCACCAGCACCAACACCAGCAUAUGUUGUCGGCGGAUCAAAUUGGGGAAGCUCUGCCUAGCCCCAGCGGCGGAGAAAGCGGAGGAAGGGCGGAUUCGGGGGAGAAUUACAGGAAGAGGUUUAGGGAGGAUUUGUUCAAGGAUGAGAAUCAUCAGCAGCAAGAAGGCGGAGAGAGUAGCGGCGGCGGCGGCGGCGGCGGCGGCGGCGCAGAGGGAGGAGACGGCAGGGGAUCUCCGAAUAAAAUCCCCAAACAACAGCAGGAAGCAGGGCCAGCGUCAUCGCCGUCAGCCUCUUCUCCGCUGCUCCGUCCAUCCAAAGUUGUUCCGACCACCGCGAUGUGGGCUGUGGCGGCAGGCCCCAACGCCGGUGCCGGGAACACGUUCUGGAUGUUGCCGGUGACAGCUGGCGGCGGCGGAGGAGGUAGUGGCGUCCACCCAAUGGUCCCGCCGACGUCCACCGAAGCUCAGAUGUGGCCUUUCUCACAAGCUGCAGUAGGAGCAGGGAACCCAUCGAUUCAAGCUCCGUUGCAUUUCAUGCCAAGAUUCAACCUUUCCUCCCCGAACCUGGAUUUCCAAGGGGGAAGGCCAAGUCAUUUACAGCUGGGAUCAAUGGUGAUGCCGCCGCCAACCGCAACAAAUCAGCCGCAGCAACAGCAUCCACCGUCGCAGCAUCUCGGGCUGGGAAUGUCCGAAUCGAAUUUGGGGAUGCUGGCUGCCCUCAACGCUUACUCCAGAGGCGGGUUGAACAUGAAUUCUGAGCAACACCAGCACCAACAUCAACAUCGUCAAAAUCACCAUCAGCAUCAGCAGGAAGAAGAGGAAGCAAAUAGCGAUGGUGAAGAAGAUCCCAACAACAACGAGGACGAUUCUCAGUGA